AUGGUAGCCGUGGGAGAAUCACUGCUACAAGAAGCGGGAGCUAAAGGCCAGAAGGGUUUUAAUGACCACCGCCUGCGUCGCCGUCGCGAAAAGAAAUGGACGAAAUGGGACAAGAUCGCCGUCGUGAGCGUUUCCGCGACGCAUCUGCUGGGCUUUUGCGGUCUGUUUUGCUUCAGCUGGAGUAGGUUCGGGGUCGGGCUUUUGAUCGGGAUCGUGACGAGCCUCUUGGGUAUCAACCUCAGUUACCACAGGCAUCUCACUCACAAGAGCUUCAAGCUCCCCAAGUGGCUUGAAUAUACGUUUGCUUAUUGCGGCGUUCAUGCACUUCAGGGAGAUCCAUUGUCAUGGGUUAGCAACCACAGGUUUCAUCAUCAAUAUACUGAUACAGAAAGAGAUCCACAUAGCCCCGUGGUAGGGUUUUGGCAUAGUCAUAUGGGUUGGAUCUUCGACUCCUCAUCUAUCAAGGAAAAGUGUGGGAAAAGAGGAAACGUGGGUGAUCUGGAAAAGCAAGCCUUCUAUAGAUGGAUUCGUAAAACCUACGUCGUACAUCCUCUCAGCCUUGCCAUUCUCCUCUACUCGCUUGGUGGAUUUCCUUACAUAUGCUGGGGAAUUGGUGUGAGGGUGGUGUGUUGUUACCACGCGACAUGGUCGGUUAACUCGGCUGCUCAUAUAUGGGGAAGUCAGGAUUGGAACACCAACGACCUGUCGAGGAACAACUGGUGGGUGGCAAUUAUGACGUUUGGUGAAGGUUGGCACAACAAUCACCAUGCAUUCAACAAUUCGGCAAGGCAUGGUCUAGAAUGGUGGCAGAUCGACGUGACUUGGUACGUCGUGAAGUUCCUUCAAGCUAUGGGGUUGGCCUAUGAUGUGAAGCUACCAACUCUGGUCCAAAGAGAGAAGAUGGCUAUCAAAAGUUGA